AUGAAAGCUAUUGGGCUCAUAAAAUUUGAUUGGUGGGGGUUGGAUGGUGAUGAAGAGAAAUAUAAUUACAUCACUAAAGUUGAAAUUGAGAUAAUUGAAGCUGGAUUUAAAAAAUCUAAGCAAGUAUUUUCAUAUCCAUCAUUGAAUUUACUAAAAGAUGAGUUAAUUGAUGGUGAAAUUUGUACAUCAGUCAGUAAAGAUGCAAAACAACGUAUAGUAUCAAACUUUGAGAUACAUGAAGGUAAAGAGUUUUACUCAAACUGGUUCAACGAAAAUGUUUUAAAACCUUACAACAUCCACCACUAUUCAACGAAAACCGAUAAAAAAAGCUGCUUAUCUGAAAUAUAUAUAAAACAUUUAAAAGUUUUAAUUUACAAAUACAUGGAUCUUCAUGGCACAAACACAUGGUAUGAUGCAUUAGAAAGCUUAACUGAAAAACUCAACAAUAGAAAACAUAGUCGAUAUGGCUUUAUACCAAAUAAAGUAACUCGAGCAGAUGAAAAGCGUCUACUUAAAAUGUAUAAUAAACCUUUUCAAAAAGCUAAAAAUAUACGUUACAAAGUGAACGAUCAAGUGCGUAUUCAAGUUGCACCAAAGCUUUUUAGACGAGCUUUUCAUCCAUAUUGGAGCAGUGAGCUUUAUACAAUUAAAGCUGUAAAUAUUAAAGACCCAGUAAUGUAUACUUUGUCGAGCUUUGAUGGAAAAAUACUUCCACGCAGGUUCUAUCAAGAAGAAUUACAAAAAACUAAAGUGAAAGAUCAUUGGCUAGUUGAAAAAAUAAUAAAGACAAGUGGAAAUAAAGUUCUAGUACGAUACUUUGGAUUUGGUAAAGAAUAUGAUGAAUGGAUCGAUAAAGCAGACUUAUACGAUGCAGAAAAAAAAUAA